CUGCAGUACAAGCAACAUUUGGCAUCUCUACUGUUUAUCAUUUUCUUGAUCCGUUAAAGUGAUGGAUUUGAGUGAUAAUAGCCAAGUGGAGGAUCAAUACUUUGUUUACAAGCAUGAUAAGCUAUUCGGCGAGAGUUUCCCCCUGUUCAAGGAAAUCCGCAGGAUGGGCAAGCUGUGCGAUGUCACCCUAAAGGUUGAAGAUCAGACCUUCUCAGCGCACCGCGUUGUGCUGGCGGCCACCAUCCCGUAUUUCUAUGCGAUGUUCACCAACAACAUGGCAGAGAGUCGGAUCAAGGAGAUCACCAUGAAGGAGAGCGCCAUAGAGCCAAGUGCCCUGGAGAGUCUGAUCAACUAUGUUUACAGCGGCCAAGUGCGCAUCGACAACCAGAAUGUGCAGAACCUGAUGGUGGGCGCCAGCUUCCUGCAAUUGUCCAACGUGCGGGAUGCCUGUGCCAGUUUCCUGAUCUCCCGCUUUCAUCCGCACAAUGUCCUGGGAAUCCGCACCUUCGCCGACUCCAUGAUCUGCCGGCAGCUAAUCGACGCUGCCGACAAGUAUAUUGAUCAAAACUUUGCCAAAGUCUCGCAGUCGGAGGAGUUUCUCGCCCUGGACUGCGAACAAUUGCUGGAGCUGAUGCGCCGGGACGAACUCAACGUACGCACCGAGGAGGUCAUCUUCGAGGCCUGCAUGAAGUGGGUCAAGUACGCAGAAGACAAGCGCUCUGAGCUCUUUCCUCAGGUCCUGGCUGCAGUGCGUUUGCCAUUGCUCUCGCCUCAGUUCCUGGCGGACCGUGUGGCCCGCGAGGAACUCAUUCGAUCCUCGCACCAAUGCCGUGAUCUCCUAGACGAGGCCAAGGACUUUCACCUCAUGCCCGAGCGCAGGGGUCUGCUGCAGAGCUUUCGCACGCGCCAGAGAUCCGGUGAGUUCUUUACCGGACAAAUAUACGCCGUGGGAGGACUGGCCAGCACUGGGGAAUCUGUGAGCACGGUCGAGAUUUACGAUCCGCUCACCAAAAAAUGGAAAAUGGGCGAACAAAUGUCCAUGAUGAGAUCUCGCGUGGGUGUGGCCGUUCUGAAUGGCAAGCUGUACGCCUUUGGUGGAUUCAAUGGCACCGAACGUCUGUCCACCGUUGAGGUCUACGACCCGCGCAAAAACAAGUGGUCCCAGGGCUGUGCCAUGCUCUGCAAACGCAGCGCCGUGGGCGUGGCCGCAUUGGAUGAUUGUAUCUAUGUGUGCGGCGGCUACGACGGCGUCACGUCGCUCAACACCGUUGAAGUUUACUAUCCAAAGUCUAACACUUGGAAGACUGUUGCUCAAAUGAUGAAAUAUCGUUCGGCUGGUGGAGUUACCCAAUUGAACGGCUACGUCUACGCCCUUGGCGGUCAUGAUGGGUUGUCCAUAUUCGAUUCGGUGGAGCGGUACGACCAGGCCGAAGAUGUCUGGGUUAAGAUGUCGCCCAUGCUGAAUCGUCGCUGUAGACUGGGCGUGGCCACGCUGAACGGAAAGAUAUACGUGUGCGGCGGCUACUGCGGCAACUCAUUCCUUCGAUCCGUAGAGUGCUACGACCCUCAGACGGACACCUGGAAGCUGGUGACACCAAUGAAUUGCAAACGCUCGCGGGUGGCUCUGGCCGCCAACAUGGGCAAACUGUGGGCCAUCGGCGGCUAUGAUGGCGAGUCAAAUUUGUCUACAGUCGAGGUGUACGAUCCGGAGACCGACAAAUGGACCUUUAUGCCGCCCAUGUGCGCACACAGUGGUGGUGUCGGAGCCGGGGUCAUACGGAUCGAGUAACCCACUCGAUUCGCCUGCCAAACCCGUUUCUCUAGCCACACUCGUCUUAGUCAUUACCCUCGCCAUUUGUAAUCUUGAAAUGUUUUAGAAGGUUGUUAAAGUUCAGUAAUUUCCUUACAGUAAAGGGACGACUGUCAACCUUUUGCACAUCGUAUAAAUCAAUUGUGUUUCGACGAUCCAUAUGGGCGGCGGAUACGUUUUAUUUGAACAAUAAUAAAUGGUUGACAAAUAACAAAGCAAUCUGAGCGACAAAAAGGCGAAAAUGGCGAGGGCAGCGCAAAAAGUUGAUGGUCAAUAAGCAGGCCUUUAUGGAAGGCAGUGCACUUGUUUAUUGUCCCUAAAAUACUUUCAGUUUUAAUUAAAAAUGAUUAAAUAUUAUUACCCAAGUCCCAAUGUCUAUCUACAAUUUUCUACUUAUUUUGUAACGAAUAAAUGUACCUUCCCUCGUUGCAUCUCAGUUGAACAUGCGGAGUAUCUCUUCCCUUGAUAUUUGUACACCUCCC